AUGUUGUAUCCCUCAGACACCAAAAAUUCAUAUCCAUUAACAAAUGAAUCAAUUGCAGGUAUUGCAAUUUAUUUAUUUUUAUUUAUAUUGGUAAUUAUUCAAUUUGUUCAUACAUUAUAUAUGUCACAUAAGAGAUAUAACCGAGUACGUUUAACUAUAAGUCGUUCAUUAUAUUACUCUUUUGUAGUUACUUAUUUGUUUUUGAUGUUAUUCGUAUUUUCUUUAAUGCUCUAUUCAUCAAAACAAUCAUGUUUUUUAUAUGUUAUUCAACGUUUGACAGAAUCAAUUUGUUGUUACUUAUUUAUAACAGCAUUCACUGUUUGUUUAUUUGAUUAUUAUGACCAUCGUUCAGGAGGGAAUGUUGCAGUUAUGAAAAAUCGAUUUAUAAUUCCAUCUAUUGUUUAUACUGUUAAUACUGUGUUUUUAAUUCUUGUGUGUGCCCAGCUUAUUUAUUAUGUUUCUCUAGAAGGUGGAUGUGAUCCAACACUACCUAAUAGAAGUUGGGCUUAUCUUUCAAUUCCAUUUACAAUUAUUAACCAACAGUUUAUUGUUUUGGUAAUAUUUGGAGGAGUAGCAGUAUGGUUAGUGUAUUCUCAUAGAAAUUUGAAAGUGAGUCUUAAAAUUGACAAAAUGUAUUUUGUGUAUUUUUUAAAAUUUGGUAUUGCCAUUGGUAUCCAUCUCUCAAUUUUGAUUUUAAAAUUGUUAUUCUCAGUUUUAGUUAGUGUUGAAACCUAUUUUAUAUCACUAAAAUAUUUAUGUUGUGAUCCACUAAACUGUUUUGCUUUAUUUGUUCUUACGACAUAUACCCUUGGUCAAGAUGAUAAAAGAGAAUCAAGAUUUUAUCAAUCACUCCAAACUGAAGAACAUUUUUAA